UAUAAAAGUACACCAAUGAAAAGAAUACAUUUACAUUGCUGUCCCAAUGUGCUAUGUUUUUGUAUUGUCUGUGUAACAUAUGUCUGGUGUGGUUUUCAGAGUGGAGUUUCUCUGGAGAGAGGCAGAGGUCCAGUGAGCUGGACAGAGGACAGAGGGCGGAGAGCAGAGAGCUGGGAGGAUGGAGACGACUCCUACAACAGCCAUGUUCUGGCACUCACCUCCCGCCUGCAGACACAGAUGAAUCUUCAGCUCUGCUUCAUCAACAACAGUGAAAGUGAGGAAGAGAAGGAGGAGGAGGAGGAGGAAGAAGGAAAGACCAGCAAGAGGGAAAGUAGCAACACACGGAGAGGGACUGUUCAGGUCCAUAAGAGUCCUCAGCCUCCUGCCAAGCCAGAGAAGCCAAAAUCCAGAGGCAUUAGGAACACUCUGAGAAAUCUACGAGACAGACUGAGAACAGAUCAUGGAACACUGACUGGAGCUCGUAGUGAUCCUGUAGUCCAGAGAAGACAUUUGGAGCGCAGUGAUUUACAAAACUUCAGUAUGAAGGACCUGAAUGCUCUUUGUACUUCUCUCAGCCAAGCCAUCCAAGACCUGAGCUCAGAACUGGUGGGUCGCCUCCAGGUCCGUGACCAGCUGAGGACAGAGCAGGAUGCCAUGCUGUUGGAGGUCCAGGAUCUGACAUCGUUGUGAACCUGCCGAUCACUCCCAGCUGAAGUUCACCUGCCUACCUUUGGGGAGUAAUAAUGUCACCAAACCUCUGAACAAGUGUCAUAGUCUGUGAACAUUGUUGGGAAUCAGACGGUGUCACAGUGCCUCAUCUCAGUCAGUCCCUCCUAAUGUUGGUCUGACCACACGAUCACAGUGAAGAGUGUCAGUGCCUUUCUUGGACAUUCAGUUGCAUAAUAUUUUUCAAUGUUGUUGUCUGUGUGGUAUAGUUGUAAGGGAAACUUUGUCUCACUCUAAAGGAAAGUGUCCACCUGCAGUGAUUUUAAACUUGGGUAUGACAGAACUAGCUUUGUCCAGCAGGCGUGGUCAAUGCGUCAAAGCUGUAUGGUACUGCCAACAACUAAAACUGAGCUGGUCACAACACCCAGGUAGUGGAUGGUGGCCUUAAAGGGACACGGUGACAUUUAUUUGGAAAUAUCCUCUUUUGCCUUCUUGCUCGUAGUCAGGUUAGAGGAUCAGUACAAGUUUCAUCUCCACUGUGUCCACAGCAGAUAGUGGUCUGGGUCGUGUUAAACCCAGCUUAGCACCGUGACUGGAAGCAAGGGAAAAUGUACAGCGUGUAGUUCCCUCCUUAACACACCACGCUGGGUCCAAACCAAAAUUCAGAUGCAAAACAUUUGUGUAAAAACAUUUUGCACAUUAAAAAUGUACAUCAA